AUGAUGGUAUCUGGAGAAUAUGAAUCGAAGACCCAAAGAAAUAGUAUAUUUCAAGAAAAAUUGAAUAACGGUAUAUAUCUAGGAGCUAAGAAUAUAUCUUACACAAUAAGAAAUGGGAUAUAUGUUCAAAAGAUAACACACAUUUUAAAUGAUAUUAACUUUGUGGCAGAACCUGGUAAGGUUGUUGCUAUACUUGGACCUAGUGGAAGUGGUAAAACAUCAUUAUUAAAUAUUUUAGCGGGGAGAAUCAAAUCUAAGGGUCAAAGAUUAAUUGGUGGUCAAAUAUAUAUUAAUGGGAAGAAAGUAACUAAUAGUGAAUUACGUAGUUGUAGUAAUUUUGUUAUGCAGAAUGAAGUAAUGUUACCAUAUUUAACGGUGCAAGAGACAUUGAAUUUAUCUGCUCAACUCAGACUACCAAAUUGUACAGCCCAUGAAAGACAUGAAAGAAUCAAUUUAAUUAUAUCAGAUCUUGGUUUGUCACAUUGUAGGAAUAAAAUUGUAGGAGAUAAUGAAAUAAAAUCAUUAUCAGGUGGAGAAAGAAGAAGAGUUGCAUUAGCUAUUGAAUUAAUAAGUGAUCCAUAUCUAUUAUUUAUAGAUGAACCAACUAGUGGUCUUGAUGCCUUCCUUUCACUUCAAAUUCUACAAUUAUUAUUAAAAUUAGCUAAAUCAGGACGUACAAUUGUAUGCAGUGUUCAUCAACCACGUUCUCAAAUUUUCCAAUCAUUUAAUGAAAUAUUACUACUUUCCAAAGGUGAAUCAAUAUUUUAUGGAUCUGUAAAAGAUUGUAUUGAUUUUUUUGAAAUAAAUAAUUAUACUGUGCCACAAAAUUAUAAUCCUUCAGAUUACUUUUUGGAUCUACUUGUUCCUAAAUCUACAGUAAAUAGACACUUUUCAAAUACUCGUAAUGAUUUUAUAACUUAUGAAAAUCUUAGAAUACUCUCAAAAAAGUUUUCAUCUUCUGAAUAUUCUAAUAAAGUCUUAAGUAACAUUGAUUGGCAAAUAAAUUCUCAACUUCAACCAUGGAAACCUGCUUUAAUAUUUAAUAAACAUACUAAAGGAUUUUUUAAUAAUCUAUUAAGACCUUUUUAUGUUUUAUCAAUUAUAUUUAAAAGAACUUUUAUAAAUCAUUCAAGAAAUUUCUUAGGAUCAUUUACUUUGAAUAGUUGUAUCAAUAUUAUAACUGCACUUAUUGUGGGUGGAAUUUUUUUUCAACUUCCCGUUUAUGGUGAUUCAUCAAUACAUGCAAUAACUAAUGUAUAUAAUAUUGUUGGUGCAUUAUUUUUUAUCUUAUCAUUUUCAUCUUUUAAUUCUCUUAUGUGUUUAGAAUCUAUUUCAAAAUAUAGAAUAAUAUUUAAUAGAGAAAGAGCAAAUGGACUUUAUGGUACAAUGGAAUUUAUGAUUGCAAAGGAACUUGGAGAUUUCAUCUUUUAUUUCAUUCCUCCACUAUUUUUUAGUGUUAUUUAUUUUUUUAUGACUGGUGCAGGUAAUGUCUCAUAUAAUAAUUGGACAAUGGUGCAACAAUUUUUUGUAUACCAGGUGAUUGUACAAUGUAUUAUAUGGGCAUCUAUUGGAAUUAGCUAUUUUAUUAGUUCUCUAACUACAUCCUUAGAAUUAGCUCAAGGAAUUGCCCCAAUUAUUAUGGUUUUGAUGAUGGUUGUUAGUGGAUUUUAUUUAACUACUAAUAGAAUUUCAGUAUGGAUAUCUUGGUUCCAAUAUUUAUCAUUUGUAAAAUUUGGAUAUGUUGCACUUUUAUUAAAUAGUUUUCCACCAAAUAAUCAAUGGGGACCAUUAACUACAAACGAAAUACUUUAUCAAUUAUCAAUAUCUGAUACUUCAAUAGGUACUAAUAUAGGAAUUAUUAUUGGAUUAGGAUUUGCCUAUCGUUUCUUAGCAUUUAUUAUAUUUAGUAAUAUAUAUAAAAGUGUUGGUUUAGAAUAA